AAAUUCAUACCCAGAAAUCCUAUUGACAUGGCCACACAAGUGAAUACGUUCGAGAAAUCGGAUGCUACAAACACGGAUAAAUCAAGUUCUAUUUUCUUCAUGUGGAUUGGUGUCAAUGAUAUGAAGCUUCUGUUUGAAAACCACCGAAAUGAUACGAGUGAAAGAAGAGAAAUACUUGUGAAUGAUAUCAAUAGUAUCAAAAACGACUUGUAUAAAAUCAAAGAUAGUGGCGCUAAAUAUAUUGUCAUGAUGGGAUUGAUUCCUUUGCAAGAAGUUCCAAUGUACUAUAACACGACAUAUGAUGCAACUGCUCGGGAUAACUUGAAGCAGUUGGUCAAUAGUUACAAUAUCAAGCUGAAGGCUAUCACUCGAAAAUUCGCUUCCAAGCACAAACAAACAAACAUCUUGUUUUUUGACUCUUACAACCAAUUCUACAAGAUGUAUGAUGCAGACACAAUUGCCAAAAAUAAUUUGAUGAAUUGUAACAAAGUAGUGAAUUGUGACAAUUAUAUUUGGUGGGAUAACCUUCAUCCAAGUGGAAUGACGCACAAAAAGAUUGCUACAGCUGUCUUUGAUGAAAUAUCUAAAUCAGAAUGGUAGUUUUUGAAUAAAUACAUACGUUCUUAAAGCAUAUAAAAAAUAGGAUUGACCGGAUAAAAUAACAAAAAACAACCAAUAAAAGCAAAGGUUAUAAUUCGAUAUUGCAUACG